GCUCGAAUCUGAGCGCGGGGCCGCUUUGGGGGGGGGCGGGACUGACCCGGGACCGCCGUGAGGGGACGGGACUGACCCGGGAUCCACCUGAGGGGACGGGACUGACUCGCGAUCGCCGUGAGGGACCCACCGUGAGGGGGCAGGACUAGCCCACGAUCGCCGCGAGGGGACAGGAGUGACCCACGAUCGCCCUGAGGGGACCCGGAGGACCCGGGCCAUGAUCGCCGCCUCCGGCCGCCGCCGCGCCCUGGGCGAGCCCCCGGUGCGCUCGGUGCCGCUGAGCAGCGUCCCCGCGGGCACGCUGACGCCGCUGAAGGAACUCCUGCAGGCCCAGGGCGCUGUCCCGGCCGGGCAGGGCCCGCCGCCCGCGGGGCCGUGGCGGGGAGCGCGGGAUGUCCCGCACGGCCGGGCCGGGCCCGCGGCAGAGCGGCCGCCGAAGCGCCGCGCCCCGGAGCCGCCCGGGCAGGAGACGCCGGCCAAGAUCUUCCAGCGGAUGAAGGAGCGGGCGGAGCGGCAGCGGGGCCGCGGGGGCGGCACCGACGGGAUCCUGACCCGCGGCACCGGGCAGGGCCGCACCGGCCCCGACGGGACCUUCCUGACCCCCAGCACUGGGCAGGGCCGCGCCAGGCACAGCCGUGCCACCGAAGGGAUCUUCCUGACCCCCAGCACCGGGCAGAGCCAGGGCACCGACGGGAUCCUGGCCCCCAGCACUGGGCAGGGCCGCGGCACCAUCGACGUAAUCCUGACCCCCGGCACCGGGCAGAGCCAGGGCACCAACACCAACAGGAUCCUGACCCGUGGCACCGGGCAGAGCUGUGCCACCGACGGGAUCCUGACCCCCGGCACCGGGCAGAGCCAGGGCACCAACACCGACAGGAUCCUGACCCCUGGCACCGGGCACAGCCAUGCCACCGACGGGAUCCUGACCCGCGGCACCGGGCAGAGCUGUGCCACCGACAGGAUCCUGACCCCUGGCACCGGGCACAGCCGUGCCACCGACGGGAUCCUGACCCGUGGCACCGGGCACAGCCGUGCCACCGACGGGAUCCUGACCCCUGGCCCCGGGCAGAGCCAGGGCACCAACACCAACAGGAUCCUGACCCGCAGCACCGGGCAGAGCCAGGGCACCGACAGGAUCCUGACCUCCAGCACCGGGCAAGGCCGGGGCACCAUCGACGUAAUCCUGACCCCCGGCACCGUGCAGAGCCAGGGCACCGACGGGACCCUGACCCGCGGCACCGGGCAGAGCCAGGGCACCGACGGGACCCUGACCCGCGGCACCGGGCAGAGCCAGGGCACCGACGGGACCCUGACCCGCGGCACCGGGCAGAGCCAGGGCACCGACGGGACCCUGACCCACGGCACCGGGCAGAGCCAGGGCACCAACAGGAUCCUGACCCGCAGCACCGGGCAGAGCCGUGCCACUGACGUGAUCCUGACCCCCGGCACCGGGCAGAGCCAGGGCACCAACAGGAUCCUGACACGCAGCACGGGGCAGAGCCGUGCCACCGACAUGAUCCUAACCCCCGGCACCGGGCAGGGCCGGGGCACCGCCCGGCCAGGACAUGGGUCAGUGUUCCCACGGGUCCCUCAGGCCCUGCCCACUGCAGAGCCCCCUGUGCUGGAGACCCCCCAGAAGUUCUUCCUGCGCAUAAAGGAGAAACUGCAGCAGCAGCAGCACAAAGAUCCAACACCUUCAGACCCCAUCCAGCAGAACGUUCCUCCUUCCACAGCCACGGAGAAGCCUUUAGUCAGAGCUGCCUGUGCUGAGCAGCCCAGGGCUGAGCCUCCUGAGGAAGUGGACACCAAUAAGGAGGAGGAUGUGGACGUUUUCCUGGUGGAACCAAUAGAUGCCGAUGGUGAAAUGUCUCAGAGUGCAGGGACUAGUUUUCUGAAUGUAAAUUCCACCCCUUCGAAAAACGAGGAUCAGGUAACAGAAAAGUGGGGAAAUGGAGGAGCAAAACAUACAGAGCUUCAUCAAGACAGAAGAGAGUUGCAGCCCAGUAAAAAACAAGCUGCUCUGGGAGUGGAAAAGACCGUGGAGAGUAAUUCCCCAAAGCCCUCCCAGCGCUUCUGCAGCAUUAUGCUGUCUAGUCCCACAGUCCACAUCCCAAAGAAGCAGAAGCUGACAGAAAGGCCUGAGGACCCUUUGGACAAACGUCAUACCGACCAACCUGCUGGCAAAGCAGACAAAGAGAAAAGCAUCUGCCUGAGCAGCUGGAGGAUUAAAGUGAUGGAAGGCAACACGGCGAUUUCUCUGGAGGGCAAACGGCAGGACAUGAAGGGCCUGCUGUGGCACAGCAAUGCCGUCACCGAGCGCGUGGCCCACAACCAGCUGAGGACGUCCUCGGGCAGCCUCUACCUCCUGCAGGGCAAGAUCGACUCUGCCACCAUGAGGAGAGAGGGGUUUCCCUACCGCUUCAUCAAACGAUUCACCUUUGGCUUUUCCAGGAGGUGGAAGGAGUAUGUCCAGGAGUUCCUCGAGGAAAGGAGGAGGAAAGACCGAAAACAGAACAGUGGUGUGGAUGAAGAUGAAGAGAGUGACACUGUGGUGGAAGGUGAUGUGUUGGAAACUGCAGAAGGCUCAAAGAAGAAACCUGGAAUGAAGAACACCACCUAUGAAGUAUUGCCAAGGAAUGAUGAAAACACCUACACCACCCCAAGGCACAGCUCCCAGGGCAAGGACUCGGGCAGGGUUUGCACUCGCAGCGGGAGACAGGUCAGACCCCCCAUGAACUUCUGGUGUGGGCAACGAGCCUUUGUGGAUCAGAACCUUAAUGUCACCCUGGAAGAGGGUGGAGUGGAUUAUCUCAGCCUGAUGCUUAGUAGUGAAAAAUCCCGCAAAAAGACCAGUUUCAUCUCUAAGAAGAACAAACUGAAGGAAGUCAUGAAGACAACACAGGAAAUGCCAAAAAGCCAAAAUAAAGGGAAAAGCAGGGAGAGAGGAGCCAGCUCCAAACGGGAAUCCGAGCCUGCUGCAAGCAGGGAGAGAGGAGCCAGCGCCAAAUGGGAAUCCAAGCCUGCUGGAAGCAGGGAGAGAGGAACCAGCUCCAAACGGGAAUCUGAGCCUGCUGGAAGCAGGGAGAGAGGAGCAAGCUCCAAAUGGGAAUCUGAGCCCACUGGAAGCAGGGAGAGAGGAACCAGCUCCAAAGGGGAAUCCAAUCCUGCUGGAAGCAGGGAGAGAGGAGCCAGCUCCAAAGGGGAAUCCAAUCCUGCUGGAAGCAGGGAGAGAGGAGCCAGCUCCAAACGGGAAUCCAAGCCUGCUGGAAGCAGGGAGGCCCAGCGGUUCCUGUCGGAGGAGGAGGAGAGUGACCCUGCAACCAGGGGCACAAAAACCAAAUCCCAGCCUCCUGCCAGGGUGCCUUCCUCAAACAGCAAAGUGCCAAAGAGACGCAGCCCCAGAAUCCUGGGAAUGGCAAAGGAGAAGUGAUGAGCAGACGCUGCAGAGCUGCCCGGGUACGAGCAGGCUUCCAAGUACUCCCUGAGGUCAGCCGGGAAGCCUUUCCCAGCCAAGCACUUCACCGAGGAAUCCUCAGGCAAGGAUGAGGGAGAGGGAUCCAGUGAUGAUGAUACCCCACUGCUGAUCAGAAGGAAAAAUAAAUCUGUGUUAAAACCGGGGCCUCAGAACUGCAGAUCUCGCUCUGACUCUGACAGAUCCCAGGAUGGUGCAAACAAGGUGUGGGGUGAGCCAAGGACAGGAAGAGCCUCCCGGAAUGUGCCAGUGAGGCUGAGUGGGACCAGUGACGAGUCUGAUCUCACCACUGAAGGAAACACUCCUGCCAGUGGGUCCAGAGACUCCCUCCUGCCUGGGGAGGCCGUGAGGACACGGAGCAGAACCAACCCCCCCAAGUGCUGGCUGGAUUUCGACAGCGAGCCCGAAACCAGCAAGGAGGAACUUCCCACGAAAGACAGGAAUGCAGAAGUACCUGGUAAAAAACCAGGGGCUGGAGCUGCCAGCACUGCCAAGUCUGCAGCAGCCAGAUCAAGAGAGCCUGAGAGGGCAAAGCAGCAGAAACCUCUGGAGCUUUUUCCCAGGGCGGCUGAUGGCUGGUCUGAGAAGGAAUUGCAGAAGCUUUACAGGCAAGGGGUCGCUCUGUGUUGAGAGGGAACAGUUCCCGUCGGGCACCGGCAGGGGUGGGGUGGUCUGCUUUGGGAUUUCCCAGAUUCCCUCUCUUGCACGUGAUUUUCAAGGGUUCCUUUAUGUUUUAGUUCCCUCUUGUCCCCAAGUUAACCAUCAGUGAAACAAAGGAGAAGCUGGGUAUUCUCUACAAUAGCUGGAGGUGUGUGAGCCUGCAGCAGCCCCUGUCACAGUGUGAAGAGAGAGGAGCACUGCUUAGGCAGGAUUUUGUGAAUCUACUCCUCUGCUGGUUUUCAAAACCACAUAUUUAAUCUCGUUAAAAAUAAAAAUUCAUUCCUAUGAGUUACAUUGAAAA